GUAGUAAUAAUGGCGGAGCUGAAAGAGGCAGACGCUGCUCAGCUACACCAGGAGGACGUCGAUAUCAAAUGUGAGUAAAGUGAAGCAGUUCGUCGUCUGAACACCGAUUACAGGACCACGAAAAGAGGGAUUAAUCCCGGGUUAUUAAUGUUCAGGUUUGUUCAGCGAAUUCACCGAGAAUUUGAGUUUGUAACUGCUAAACUAAACGAGGGCCUCACCACGGAGCUCCGCCAUAGGACCUAAACAGUCAACACUAACAGCGAUGUAACGGCUGGUGGCUAGCAUUAGCCGAACCGUCGUCGUUGUAGGGGUAAACCUGAACAAUGGAGCUUCCCUGUGCUCGUUAUUUUAAUCGGACUGUUUCUUUAGUGGUGUACAAACAGUUUGGGUUCAUAUGGGCUCAUCACGGAGCUGCACUACAGGACCCUAGAGUCGCUCCGUUUGGGCAUCAACUGUCCGGUUAUUUACGGGUUAGUAGAUGUUUUCUUUAGUCACAGAACAACUUAAGGAAAAAUAAACCCGAUCUGAGAGAGCCUGAAACUCUGAGGAUGGUAGAUCAGGGUUUGUGCUGGGUCUUAAAAAGUCUUACGAUGUCUACAACACAAUAAUUCUAAUUUAAGGCGUUAAAAUGUCUAAAAUUAUCCUAAAACCUCAUAAAAUGUCUUAAAUACAAAUUUUAGAGGUCUUAAAAUGUAUUGACGUCACAUACAAAUAAAGAUGAAGGCCUCAAAAUGUCUAAAAUUCUCUUAAACCUCAUAAAAUGUCUUAAAAUACAAAUUUAAAAGGUCUUAAAAUGCAUUUAUGUUACUUAUAAACAAAGAUUAAAGCCUUAAAAUGUCAAAAAUUCUCUUAAAACCUCAUAAAAUGUCUUAAAUACAAAUUUGAAAGUUCUUAAAAUGUAUUGAUGUGACUUACAAAUAAAAAUUAAAUUGAAGUUAGUUUCAAAUGUUCCGAUUUCCCUUCGUGUCUUUUGUACUUUUGGGAUGUAAAAUGGAUGUUAAAUUGUUUUUAUUAUGGUCUUAAAAAAGUCUUAAAAAGUCUUAAAUUGGACUUGGAAACCCUGUAGAUUUGGAGGCGGUGAGAGGUCGAGUCUUUCAACAGAUAAAAUGAAGAAGACUAUUAAAGUAAACACCGACGAACUAAAGAGAUGUUAACUUUUGUGUUGUGUAUAUAGUGUACAUACUUGUAUAUUAUCUCUUUAUUUUCAUCUUUUUAUCUCUUUAUUUCCACUUAUUUAUCUAUUUAUCUCUUUGUUUUUCUACUUUAUUUGCACUGGAGUUACCGUGACAAAAGCUACUUCCCCCUGGGGAUAAUUCCUCACACGUUUGAACAGUAACUCAGCAGGGAUUACAACAGCAUGGCUCUGUAGUAGAAGAGUCCUCCUGAGAAACUGACCUGUAGUCUCUCUCUCUCUCUCUCUCUCUCUCUCUCUCUCUCUCGCUCUCUCUCCUGUGAAGGUGGAUCUGGUGGAGAUGCUCCUCCGGCGGGUGAGCGAGCUGCGGAACAAACGGUCAAAUCUGAAGCCCCAGAAGAAAGCGAUGCCAAGCCCUCGACCACGACCACAGGUGAUUUUCUGGAGGCUGUCUGCGUGUCGUUUAUACCUGCUGUAUUUCUGCACCUAACAGCUGACCUCUUGUUCUCCAAACAGAGAGACACAUCUCCAUCCAGACCAAACUGGAGGGACUGGAGAUGCUUGUUGACCUCAACGGCGGUGAGUUUUGAGUCCUCCUUUUGGACCUUUAACCGCAUCUUCAAAGUAAUUCUCUUUUUUGCUCACGUUGAGAUUCACCUGAAUUCUGUAAAGAAAGCCGUUGUUUUCUCUCUGUUGUCAGCGGGGCGAAAGUCGUGUCCUCUGUGUCCUGAGGAGAAGUUUAAAGCCUGUUACAGCCACAAGCUCCGCCGCCACCUGCAGAACCUCCACUGGAAAGUCUUCGUGGAGUUUGAAGGUAAAAAGCUGAAGCGCACAGUCAGUGGGAGAAAAGGUUUGGGUUUAAGAGGAGGGAGACUAGACCGAAAGUCACUCCAGUGUGAAGAAUAUUCUCAGAUCAGGGACUCGAGUGUCCAAUAUUUAGGUUACAAGUUAAAUUUGAGGAGCAAUGGUCGAGGUUUUAGAGGUCCAUACGGUGGUUCUGUCUGCAGCCUCUCAGUUUCCAACCUCGUUAACUUUGCUGUGAUCUAAAUGGGAGGGGCUGGUAUGAUAAUGAGGCUCUGAGCUGAUUGGAAGUAGGAUGCAGAUGAAUGUAAACAGACGCAGAGGUGAAAAAACACGGCGAGAGCUCCAGAGGAACUAGCGUCGAACUAAAUGUUUGAGAUCAUGAUCACACAUGGAGGGUCAGUUCUGGGUCCGGAAAAAGUAUGGUGUUUCUUUUCACUGUUUCGCUGACGAUGUGCAGGCGUAUUUUCCCGCUAAGGUCAUGACCAAAGACUCUCUGCAGGUCGUAAGUGAUGUCAAGACAUGGAUGGAUCUGAACUUCUUCAAAUUCAAUGAAAACCAAGCAGAGGUCAUCCUGUUCGGUCGCCCUGACCUGCUUCAGGUCCUCUCCAGAUCCUUUGGCUCUCAUGAAUCUUGGUUUUAUUAUUGAUGAUGAUUUUAAACUUGACAAACAGGUCAGCAGUGGUCAAAUCUCGCCUUUUUCAGCUGAGACUUCUCACCAAAGUUAAAUCCUAUUUAAGCUUUCAUCACAUCUCGUUUAGAUGACUGUAAUUCUCUGUAUGUCGACGUCGGCAAGUCAGAGCUCAACCGCUCGUCUCCUAACUGGGACUAAGAAACAGGAGCUCAUAACUCCGGUGAUUUCCUCUCUUCACUGUUCGGUACAGGAUCGAUUUUAAGGUCCUUUUAUUUGUUUUUAAGUCUCUGAAUGGACUGACCCCCGAAUAUCUGUCUGAGCUCAGCCCUCCGGAGCCCUGAGGUCGGCUGAUCAGGUGGUUUUAGAUGUUUCUCGAUCCUUUUUAAAAUCUAGAGGAGAUCGAGGAUUUCCUGUCGUAGCUUUAACUCUGACAGUGCUCUCUGCGAAUAACCUUUCCACUUUUAAAACCCUUUUUAAGGCGCACCUGUUUUUUGGGGAAGUAUGUAUUUUGUUGUUUUCUGCUUUUAUUGUUUUUAUAUUUGUUAUUGUUUGUUUGUUUUUUUUUGUUUUUAAACCUGCUCUUUAAGUAAAGCUGACAUUAACAUUGACAUUGACGUCUGUUUCUGCGGGUCGAUCUCCGGUUGUCGAGUUUUGUUGUUGUUCAGUUCUUUCGUUGAGUCCCUCCUGAAUGUUUUAUAAACUCUGUCUCCAUCUUUUACCGUAAACAGGCCAGAAGAUGUGCAUCUGCCACCUUCCCUGCAGGAACCUGAAGCCCAGUCUGAGUGGAGAUCAGGUGAGAGACGUCCCGACCUUCAGCUGAAAGCGUCCCACAGAAGACCUUUUUAUUUUCACCUUUCAUGAAGUUAGAUCAUGAAAUAUCACUGAAGUUCUCCGUUCUUAUCUUCACCGAGGUCAGAGAUUUAUUUACGCAGAAACAGCGUCACCGGCGCCCUCGCCAAAGACCCCAGACUCUGACAGAAGAACUUUAACCUCACAGACAACACCUCUCUGCUCUGUUUUGUGUCUUUUCGGCGCCAUAAUAACUCUCAGACGGCUUUGAAAGUUGGUUUAAUGCUGCAGUCAAACUUAUUUUGUCGUGUCGACUCUUUUUAGGCGUCAGGACGACACGUGGCACACUAUCACUGCGUCGUCUGUUCGGUCACCAUCGCCAGAAAGACGGACAUGAUCGGACAUCUCAACCGGCACAUCAACAAAGGAGAGACCGAAGCCAGCUACUCGGGCAGUUUGGACGUCCAGCUGGAGGAGCCGGGUGAGAAAACACCGAGGAGAGUCCCGUUUAGAGAAACCUCGCCCUGUCAUGGCGUUGUGAUGAUGUUUUCGUGUUUCUGCAGCGCCGUCAGGUCAGGCGUUUGAGAUCAUGAAAGAACUUGGAACCAACGUGCAGCUCCUCCCGAACUACACCACCCCGCAGAAGAGCGACACCUACUUCAACCGCAAGAUGAAGACCAACAGGUGAGAGCGGAUCUGACGAACACACGUCUGUUCAGAACCUGGAGGUCCUGGAGAUCCGCUGAAGUCCGUUUGUGUUUCAGACAGCUGGUGUUCUGCUCGCUCGCUGUUCUGGCCGGGGAGAGAAGUCCGCUGGAGUGUCUGGACGCUUUCGGAGCCACAGGUGAGACGACCCAAAUCAAAGAUCGGAUUCCUCCGAAGUUUUCCUCCUUCGUAGUCGACUCCCUUUAAUCUGGAAACACAUCAUCACCAGAGACAGAAAAUAGGAAGAGGACAGGAAAAUAUAAACGUGUAAUAAUGAGAGAGGAUAAUAAAGUCACCAUCUCAUAAUUUAACAUCUAAUCUUUAAUUUAUGACUAAUCUCUUUAUUUAGAUUUUCAAUCUCACAGUUUCAGCGAUAAUCUCACUUCUUUGAUAUUAAUCCCAUAAUUUAACUCACUAUCAUAUAACUGUGAUUAUUACCCCUGAAUUAAAUUCUGAUUAUAAUUAUGAGUAAAUAUCUCAUCUGUUCACAUCAACAUGUGAUGAGAUUUUUUACUCGUCAUAAUUAUAAAAACCGACUUUAAUAUUUUGACUUUUUUUCUCCUAAUUGUGAUUUUAACUGUUUCAUUAUUUAAUCAUUGAAGUUUAAACGUGUUUCUCCUGAUUUUAACUCAUAAUUAUUUUCUCAUUCACCAACUUUCUCCUGAUGUUUACUUUACAGUCCAAAUUUUGAAUUUUUUUAACAAAAUUUUACUUUUAUAUCCUUUAAUUUUGACUUUAUUCUCAUUUUUUAAAACCUUUAAUCUCAUAUUAAUGACGUACCAUCUUGUAACUAUGAGUGACUACAUCUCUUGAUCUAAAUUGACUUUUUUCUCCUAAUAAUAACAGAUGUUUUCUUUAUUUUGACUCCUUAAUCUCAGAAUUUCGACUUUAACAGUUUUGACCGUGUAUCUCAUGAUAAUGCUGUUUUUUAUAAUAAUGACUUAAUAUCUCAGAAUUAUGAGUCACUCUAUAGAAAAAUGUAAAUUUUUCUCAAAGUUUAACCUACUUUCUCUAAUUUAGACUUUAAAGUCUCAUAAUUUUUUACUUUUAUCUCAUUAUAUUAACUUUAGUUCUCAUAAUUCUGAUUUUUAUCUCAUAUUAACCUCAAAUAUUAUAUUAACUUGUUAUCUCAUAACUUGACUUUUAUCUCCUUGUAUUAACCUUCAAUUUCAUUUUUUAAAUCUAAUUAUAAUCAGUUUGAAUCUCAUAUUUUUUUGUUUUAUAUCUUUAUAUUAUAAUCUCAUAAUUCUGAUUUUUUUGUCUUUAUAUUAACGUUAAAUCUCAUAACUUUGACUUCCUUUUUUUAAAAUGACUGUUUAUAAUUUUGACUCUUAAUUACAAAAGCACGCUGCAAACACACUCUGUGUUUCUGAAUCAAUGAGAUAACGUUCAAGUUAAUUCAGAAAAAAACAGAUUAAAAACUUUUAUUUAUGAAAAAGUGAUCAAUAUAAUCUUCAAAUGACCGCAGGAUUUCUGGACCUCAGGUGAGACAAAGAUCAGAGACAAACUUCUGGACUUUGGGAUUAUUUAAGUUCACUGUGAAAUAAAAGGUCGACACUGAUGAUCAGACAAACGCCAAAUAUCCGCCCUGAGAGUCGACCUGAUAAUCGACCCGGAGCUCCACCUGGUGUUCAGUGUCAGAAUUACACAAAAGUGCCUCAUCCAGAGACCCAAACAUAAACCGCUUACAGAUUCAAGCUCCAACAAACUUUUUCAUUUCCUGUCUGUCCUCAGGGAUUAUGGGCCUCCAGUGGGCCAAACACCUCCGUACCGCCGUUAAGGUCACCAUCACCGACAUCAACGACACCUGCGUCAAAAUGAUCAAAGAGAACUGCGAGCUCAACGACAUCCGAGUGGACCGGGGCCCCAGGGGACCUGAGGGGGCCGGAGGAGAGGUCAAAGGGGCGGCCGUCGCUACGGUGGAGGUGGUCAAGAUGGACGCCAACGUCAUCAUGCACCUGCGGUCCUUUGAUUACAUGUAAGUAAGGAAGUGGACAGCAGAUCUACUCGGCGUGCUCGUCCGUUAAAGGAAACUGAACAAACUUUGAAUCUUUCAGUCACUUGGACCCGUACGGGACGGCGGUGAACUACCUGGAUGCUGCGUUCAGGAACGUCAGGAACCUGGGCAUCAUCUCAGUGACGUCCACGGACACCGGCUCUCUGUACUCCAAGUCCCCAAACGUCACCCUGCGGCACUACGGCUGCCACAUCGUCCGCACAGAGUACUACAAAGAGCUGGCUGCUCGCAUGGUGGUGGCCACGGUGGCGAGGUGAGUCCGGACUCUUUUCUCCGCCCUGUUUUGGUGCCUGGCGUGAAAGUGUCGAACCCUAACCUCUCACUGUGUGUCGCAGAGCUGCAGCUCGCUGUAACAAAGGCAUCGAGGUGCUGCUGGCGGUGGCGCUGGAACACUUCGUCCUGGUGGUGGUGAGGGUCCUCCGAGGUCCGACACAGGCGGACGAGUCGACGAAGAAGCUCCGAAAACUGGUCCACUGUCAGUGGUGCGAGGAGAGGGUCUUCCUCAAACUGGGAAACAUGGUGGACGGUGAGACCCGACGAUUUCCACCUUAAAACAAACAUCAGAGAGGAAGAUGAUCAGAGUUAGAAAACAGGCGGUAAAAAAACAAACAUCAGAGAGGAAGAUGAUCAGAGUUAGAAAACAGGCGGUAAAAAAACAAACAUCAGAGAGGAAGAUGAUCGGAGUUAGAAAACAGGCGGUAAAAAAACAGACAUCAGAGAGGAAGAUGAUCAGAGUUAGAAAACAGGCGGUUAAAAAAAAACACAAAAGAAAAACAGGCGGUUAAAAAAAAAACAUCAGAGAGGAAGAUGAUCGGAGUUAGAAAACAGGCGGUACAAAAAAAAACACAAAAGAAAAACAAGCGGUAAAAAAACAGAGAAGAUGAUCAGAGUUAGAAAACAGGCGGUAAAAAAAAAAAACAAAAGAAAAACAGGCGGUAAAAAAACAAACAUCAGAGAGGAAGAUGAUCAGAGUUAGAAAACAGGCGGUAAAAAAAAAACAUCAAAGAAAAACAGGCGGUAAAAAAACAAACAUCAAAGAAAAACAGGCGGUAAAAAUAACAAAAGAAAACAGAAGGAAAAACAGGCAGUAAAAAAGAAAAAACAAGAAAAACAGUCAGUAAAAUAAACAAGAAAAAGGGUGAGAUUUUUUUGUAGAAGAAAACAGGCAGUAAAAAGCAACUGAAGAAAACAGGCUGUAAAUUAAAAAAAAAUCAGGCUGUAAAAAAGAAAAAAAGAAGAAAACAGGCAGUAAAAUAUACAGAAGAAAACAGGCUGUAAAAAGAAAAAACACGAAAAACAGUCAGUAAAAUAAACAAGAAAAAUGGUAAAAAAAAUCAGACGAAAACAGAAAGUAAAAAACAAAAACAAAAGAAAACAGACUUUUAAAAAAAAACAGGCAGGCGGUAAAAAAGCCAAACAAAACAGACCGUAAAAAAACCCCAAAAGAAAACAGGCUGUAAGAACAACAACAGAAAAAUAGAGAAAAAAACAGGCUUUAACAAUAAAACUGAAGAAAGCAGGCAGUAAAAACAAUAGAAAACAGGCUGUAAAAAAACCCAGAAAAAAAACAGGCUGUAAAGGAAAAACAGGCUGUAAAAAAAAAGAGAGAGGAAAACAGGAAGUAAAAAAAAAGAAUAAAACAGGCAAAAAAAAAAAACUGGCCGAAAAAAGACUGUGAAAAACCCCAGAAGAAAACAGUCAGUAAAACAAGAGAAGUGAACACGCAGCAGUAACCCCUCCCUCAGAGACACCCUCAGUCAGUCGUCUUUACCUGAACUCUGCUCGCUGUUUUACACGCCUAUGAUGUCACUAUUUAUGUUGUUUAUUCUGUGUGUGUGUGUGUGUGUGUGUGUGUCCUGCAGACACGCUGCCCUGUAACUGUCACGGGAGUCUUCCUGGAAAGACCGCCGUUCAGCUGGGACCGCUCUGGUAAAGUAUCUCAUUUAAGACCCCCCUUUCUGGGUCUGGUCUGGGGUCUUUGGCGUCCUCUCAGGUACGCUCACACACCUGUCUGUGUGUCCAGGUCCGGUCCUUUAUUCAACACGGGUUUCCUGAGGAGGAUGCUGUCAGCCGCCGUGCAGCACAACAUGGACGACAUCCAGCAGCUGGUCAAAACUCUCAUCUGUGAGUCCGAGUGCACCACGCUCAAGUCCCUGGUCCACGGUCCGUCUGCGCUCACAAACCAGGGUGAGAGUCCGACCCCCCGACACUUCUCUGUGACACACACACACACACACACACACACACAGGUGUUUACAGGAUGUUCUCUCUCCUCUGCAGUGGAGUGCGGCGUCGUUAUCAAGACGUUACAGAGCGGAGAGGAGUCCGGGGCCGCCGAUCAGUCCGGUGAGUCUGCGUGUUUCUCAGAAGGUCGUUCACAGAGAGAUCACACUUAUCCAAAUCUAGAUGAUCCCGUUUCCAUCCUGAGGUGGAUCCUCUCUGUGAUAAAUGCAGAUUAAAUGAAGACUCUCUCUCUUCUUCAUGUUUGGACGUUUUUUUAUCACGACUCUGAAACAUAACAUUUGAACCUUUGAACCCGAUCCUCUGGGGGUUACUUUUGGUUUUGGUGGGAGAGGAUACAAACAAACUUUACUUCCACGAAAUGUCGAACCCUGGCGUUUGCCUUCCUCCUGGCCAGACAUGCGGUUCUCCUUAGACGGAGGGACGCUGCCCCGCCCACUCACAGUCAUUGGCUGAAAGAUCUUACGUCUUGUUUAGAUUUUGAGAAGAUUCGUUACUCAGUCGCAGGUUUGGGGACCUUUUCUGGACCACAUUCAGAAACUGUGCUCCUCUAGUUAUUUUCUUAUUUUAAUAUCUGUGAUGUUUUAUUAUCAUACAGUUAAGAUUCUUCUCUCUUUUAUGGACUUUUUCAGUUUUCUGUUUGUAUUUCUCUUGAUGUACAGAAGUUCAUUUAACUUAUUUUCUUACUUUUUAUUUCUUGACAUCUUAUAAAUUUCAAGAUCACUUUAAAAUGAACAGCUGUGGAGUAAAAUGACCUCAGGGAGGAGCGCUUCUGCAGCUCUGCUCACGUCCACUAGAGGGCAGUGUCGCCCACUCCUUUUAAAAUGAAUUUACACCUUUAUUUUUGAAAUCUAAACUUUGUGAAUCUUUAUCGGCUCUUGAAAGACUCGACUGAAACUGAAGGUUGUUAAACUCCACUUUAAAAACAUGCGUCUUUGAAAACUCGGGGAUCUCUGCAGGAGUUUCAGGAUCGUGGAUUUGAAAAGCUUUUAUUUGAUUUUAUGUUUAUUUAUUUUUAAUCUGCAGGAAAGAGGAAGAGCGGGGAGGAGUCGGGGAACGUGGUGAAGAAGCUGAAGUCUGACGCGUCUCUGGAGCACCCGCCCUUCUACUACAGCAUCCACCGCCACAGCAUCCGAGGCAUGAACAUGCCCAAGUAAGUGACCUCUCUGUCCCGAUGUGGACCUGGAUCUGAGCCGCGUGAGGGGUCCCCGAGUCCCAGAGUAAAACCAUCAGAUUAACCAGAUCGUUUAGUUUGACCUGAUCGAUCUAACAGCCUGUUACCCAGAGAGGAAAACGAUGAGUGUCAGUUAGUCUGUGGUUUCCAGUCACAUGUCAAAGCCUCUCACUCACUUCCUACCGCAGAGCUGCUGCUGCUGAAGACGACAGAGGCAGACGUGUUUUACUGAUGCGUGCCAGCUAACCAGGUCACCCUGACCCCACAGACCCUGCUGGUUUAAUCUGUCAGCAGAGACUUUAUAAAAAAACGUCCUUAAAGAAACUUUAUUCUGACUGAGAAUAUCUGAUACCUGUGGAGGAAAGAGACUCGAACACGGGUGAAUCUGAGGAGCGCUGACCUGAAAACGACAAAAGUGACUGUCAUUACUGAGACGAACCAAUCAAAGUCAGGAAGGGGCGGGACUUCUGAAAUCACUUUGGUAAAGGACAAUGGAAGAAAAACUAACCCCCAAUCUCCACCUUCAUCCUGAUCGUCUCCUAAAAGAUCGUAUCCUCUGAUCGUAGCUGAUCGUAGCGGAGCAUGGCGGAUAAAUUCAGCACGGAUUAACCCGUGAUGGAAAGGAAGUCGAGCACAGACUUCAAAAUAAAACAUCAGGCCUCUUUUCAAAAUAAAACACAACCUUUCAUUUGUUCGGGCGGAGACGAACAAGUGAAAGGUUUUUAGACGUCCUCUCACCCCGAUGACACCAUGGAUGAGGAGAUGCUGAUUCUAGAAGUCUAGAAGUAGAAAAAAGAAGAACUGUAAAUCAUAGAUGCUGUAUCCUCGGUUUUAAACAACAUCUCCAGAUCUAGGUUCAACAUCUACGUCCAUCCAGACAAAGACUUUUUCAGGUUCUGUUUUGUUUUUCCUCUCUGCCUCCUGGUUUCUCUCAGAGAUGAAAAAUGUCAAACUGACGGUUUAUUUUUAUUCUUAUUCUCAGGCUGAACAAGUUUCUCCAGUACCUGACCGAGGCCGGCUUCAGGGUCAGUCGCACCCACUUCGACCCGACGGGGGUUCGGACCGACGCCACACUGGAGCAGUUUAAAUCCAUCCUCAGCAAGUACAGCGUCCCCACGUACACCAACGCCACGUCCACGCAGACCAGCGUGAGCACCGAGAAUACCGCCUGAGAGACCCGGACGACUCGAACCAUCUGUUCUUUUUAUUUUUUCUGUUUCUGUCAAAAAUCUGAAAAGUUCUGACUGCACUGAAAUCUUCCAAACCCACAAACGGUUCUCUGAGUCGAACCAAAACCUUUUUUUUUUCUUCUGCAAACCAAACUGAUCCUGCAGCAAACAUGAGCCAAACUUACCUGCUGCUUUACUAUUUAUUUCAGAGUUUAUCCUAAAAAUACUCCUUAUGAGCCUGUUUGAUGUUUUCUAGCUGGUUUGUCUAAAAAAAACAGAAUAAAUGUUUCUGAAAACGUGUCUCUUUCUC